ACAACACCUUCUCUCCCCUUCCCUCUCCCAGCACCAGCAGCUCCCAGCAGAGACAUGUCCUGCUGCCAGCCCUGCAACCCUUGCUGCCAGCCCUGCGGGCCCACCCCGCUGGCCAACAGCUGCAAUGAGUGCUGUGUCAGGCAGUGCCAGAGCUCCACCGUGGCCAUCCAGCCCUCUGCUGUGGUGGUGACCCUGCCCGGGCCCAUCCUCAGCUCCUUCCCACAGAACACCGUGGUGGGAUCCUCCACCUCCGCUGCCGUUGGCAGCAUCCUCAGCUGUGACGGAGUGCCCAUCAACUCCGGGGGCUUUGACCUCUCCUGCAUCACCAGCUGCUACCCUCGCAGAUGUGGGCCCUGCUAA